UGGCCAUCGAAAGGACGUGAGCUGCUUAUUGUCAUGCGCGCAGCGGAGGGUCCCCCUUCCGUUUGUAGAAAACAACCCGACUCAAACAAAAUUUCACGCGAGGCCUCCAUGCUCGGGUGACUCGGCGCGCUUUCUCAUGCUCUUCCGUUUCGAUUCACAGAUUGAACACGCUCAGGAGCUGUUCAUCGCCUAUGUAUGCAUCCCUGUGCGAGCGCUGCAUAGGCCUCAGUCACCGCUUUCUCCUAGAAUGCUGAUGGGCCGAGAGCUUUCUAUUCACCGUGCUUGUUACCGCGUCUCCAUGACGACUCUCGACUCUGCAACUCAGAAAUAUACCGCUGAGGUGCUCGAGCGUGGUUCUCAUCGCGCAUUCUCAACUGGAGAAAAGAUCAUUUCGUGAGCCUUGGAGGGAUGUCGACGUUCAUCCCGCUCGUCUACGACUCCAGAUGCAUGAAGGCAAUUUCAAAGUCGAGCUUGUAUGGAGCCUUAUGGCUUUCCAAUUCUUGUGGACGCGCUGAAGCGCUGAGACGUGAGUCAGUUGCCGUCCUCCAAACCCUGAGCUCAUGCGAAAGAGGUCCUUAUUGAGAUGGAGACGCGUGAUUCCCCAGUCCAAAUCGAGGCUGA